CAUUCUUUAUCUCUUCCGAAAGCCCUAUUCCUCAAGAACUAGGGUUUGCAGUCACUGCUCUGUUUCACCGAGUUUGGGCGUUUAGAUCAGAACCAAAUCGUGUUCUCUUCCAUUGGCAAACAUGGCAACUCAAAUGAGCAAGAAGAGAAAGUUUGUUGCGGACGGAGUGUUCUUUGCCGAACUGAACGAGGUUCUGACACGUGAAUUGGCGGAGGACGGUUACUCCGGCGUGGAAGUUAGGGUUACGCCGAUGCGCACCGAGAUCAUCAUCAGAGCCACCAGAACCCAAGCCGUUCUAGGUGAGAAGGGAAGGAGAAUUAGGGAACUUACCUCAGUGGUGCAGAAGAGGUUCAAAUUCCCCGAAAACAGCGUCGAGCUUUAUGCUGAGAAGGUCAACAAUAGAGGCCUGUGUGCCAUUGCUCAGGCCGAGUCGCUUCGCUAUAAGCUUCUCGGUGGCCUCGCCGUUCGCAGGGCUUGCUAUGGUGUUUUAAGAUUUGUGAUGGAAAGUGGUGCCAAGGGUUGUGAGGUGAUUGUUAGUGGAAAGUUGAGGGCUCAGAGAGCCAAAUCCAUGAAAUUCAAGGAUGGGUACAUGAUCUCUUCUGGACAACCAGUCAAGGAUUACAUUGACUCGGCAGUGAGACAUGUCCUCCUAAGACAGGGUGUUCUUGGUAUCAAGGUUAAGAUCAUGCUUGAUUGGGAUCCUAAAGGGAAACAGGGUCCUAAAACUCCCCUUCCUGAUCUUGUCACAAUUCACACUCCAAAGGAAGAGGAAGAAUAUGCCCGUCCUGCUGCUGUUUUGGCAACCGAUAUUGAGGUCCCUGUUGCUUCUUAAGUAGAAAUCAUAGCACCUGAGUACCUAGUAUGCAGUGUUCAUUGGCUUAGACGUGGUCAGAUUUUUUGUAGUGUCUUAUCUUUUCAAGAAUUUUUAUACUCCAGUACAAGGAUCCAAGCAUAAAUUAUGUUAUAUUUCCUCCCUCAUUCUGUAGUUUGAAAUUGUGUUUGUGGUUCAUGGCAUUGGUUUGGAUGUGUUAUUUUC